AUGGAGGAGAAGCUUCUGAGAGUACUAAGAGAGAACAAGGAGGCUUUCGGGUGGAGCAUCAAUGACAUUAAGGGCAUCAGUCCUUCCAUAUGCACUCAUAGAAUUCACAUGGAGGAGGAGUUCAAACCAAAAGUACAACCCCAAAGGCGAUUAAAUCCUAAUCUGAAAGAAGUAGUAAAAAGGAGGAGGUUCAUACAAAACUUCUCAAAAAUAGCAAAACCUCUUUCUGAAUUGUUAGCUAAAGAUGUAGAAUUUAAAUUUGAUGAAACAUGUUUAUCUGCCUUCAUGAAUUUAAAAGAGAAAUUAACGAUUGCUCCUGUGAUUGUAGCUCCUGACUGGUCUUUACCUUUUGAGCUAAUGUGUGAUGCUAGUGAUGCAGCUGUGGGAGUAGUUCUAGGGCAAAGGCGAGAUAAGGUGUUUCAGGCUAUUUACUAUGCAAGUAAAACCUUGGAUAACGCUCAGCGUAAUUACACCGUUACAGAGAAGGAAUUACUUGCUGUUAUCUUUGCAUUUGAUAAAUUCUGUUCUUAUUUGAUAAUGUCCAGAGUUGUUGUCUUUACUGACCAUUCUGCCAUCAAGUAUUUGUUGUCAAAACAGUAUGCUAAACCAAGGAUUAUACGAUGGAUUCUUCUUCUCCAAGAGUUUGAUGUAGAAAUUAGAGAUAAGAAAGGGAGUGAGAAUGUCGUAGCAGAUCAUUUGUCUCGACUGGAUGCUUCAGUGAGGGAACCCACAGUGAAGGAGAUCAAGGAUUCUUUUCCUGAUGAGAGGCUCCUCGCAAUCUCUAAGGCACCUUGGUAUGCAGAUUUUGUAAAUUAUCUGGCAGGUAAUGUAACUCCUAAACUACUUGACAAGCAUAGGCUUAGAAAGUUUUGGUCUGAUGUGAAGCAUUAUAUUUGGGAUGAACCUUAUCUUUUUAAGAUUUGUGGGGACAAUAUGAUUAGGAGGUGCGUUUCAGAGAGUGAGGUUAAUGAGAUUCUUAAUCAUUGCCAUUCUAAGGAGGUGAAAGAGCGUCCUGUUAACAACUCCAUGAAAGAUUGGUCUUUGAAAUUGGAUGAUUCACUCUGGGCUUAUCACACUACUUUCAAAACCCCUAUUUGUAUGUCUCCUUAUCGUUUGGUUUUUGGUAAAGCAUGUCACUUACCUGUUGAGCUUGAACACAAGGCCUACUGGGCCUUGAAGUUCUUAAACUUUGAUUCGCAGGUUAUAGGUGAGAAGAGAUUGUUGCAGCUCAAUGAAUUGGACGAGUUACGUUUUGAAGCAUUUGAAAAUGCCAAGUUAUACAAAGAGCGCACUAAGAAAUGGCAUGAUAAACACAUUUAUCAUAGGAGUUUCCAAGCAAGUGAUAGGAUUUUGAUCUACAACUCUCGGUUGCAACUAUUUCCUGGAAAACUGAAAUCCAGAUGGUAUGGCCCCUACAAUGUGGUCAAAGUUCUCCCAUAUGGAGUUCUAGAAGUGUCCAAGCAUGGAGAGGAACCUUUCCGUAUCAAUGGGCUGAGAGAGAAGCUAUAUAUAGAGAAUGUGACCCCUCCUGGUCACACGAUAAUACUUGAUUAG